AUGGAUGACCACAUAGACGUUCUUCUCUACGGUCUCGGGGCCAUUGGCUCAUUCUACGCCUUCAUUUUGAGUCGAGCGCCCAAGGUGCGCCUGACGGUCGUAGCAAGGUCGAACUAUGCCGCCGUGAAAGAGAAGGGUUUGACCAUCGAUAGUCAAAAUCAUGGCAAACACGUCGUUCAUCCAUUUGAAGUGGUCAAGUCUCCAUCAGAGCUUCAGAGAAAGUUCGACUAUAUUGUCUGCGCGAACAAAGCAACCGACCCUGACGAGACGGCGAAAGCACUGGUGCCAGUCGUCGACCAGAAGAAAACGACAAUCGUCAUCGCACAGAAUGGGGUUGGAAACGAGCCUCCGUUCCGGGCCCUCUUUCCGCUUUGCACCAUCAUAACCUGCGCGGUUUGGGUCGGUGCGAUUCAACCAGAGCCUGGUUUCGUCAAACACAUGAAUUCCGAGAACACUCAACUUGGCCUCUUCAAGGACAAGCCGGAACCUCAAGACGCGGAAGACCAAGCAAGGCUGGAUCUGUUUGCGGAGCUGUUCAGGCAAGGCGGCACCAUUUUCGAGCUGGUCGAAGACAUGCAAGUGCAGCGUUGGGAAAAGGUCGUCUGGAACGCCGCGUGGAACACGCUAACGACGCUCACCAUGCUCGAUACCAAAAGCUGGCUGAACUCCUCGCCGCGGGCCACGCCCAUGACCCGAGACCUGAUGAAGGAGAUGAUCGAUGUUGCGCGUGCCUGCAACGUCAACCUCGACUAUUCGCUCAUCGACCGAUUGAUGGACAAGAUCCUGGCCAUGCCGGGCAUCGGCAGCAGCAUGCAGACGGACUGCAAGAACGGGAAGCCGAUGGAGGUCGAGGUGAUUUUGGGAUAUCCGGUGCGGAAAGCGAGGGAGUUGGGAGUGAAGACUCCCAUUAUCGAUACCCUACACACGCUAUUGCUAGCUGUUGAUUUGAAGUUGCGGAACGAGUCCAAGUAG